UUUAAAUUUUAGUAAAUAGUAAAAAAUGGCAACUGAAGAAAGUAGCUUGGUGGAAUGGAUCAAUUCUUUCGAGCAUUUAGGUAUAAGGAUUACAGAUCUCUCGGAGUUAUCUAAUGGGGUGGACCUCUUCAAGAUCUUGCAAGAGGUUAGUGAGACUAUAUGGGCAGAGGAUAAAAUGGAGCUGGAAGAUCCGGACAGCGAGUUUAUGAAGAUGAAGAAUGUAUCAGCUGUAUUCUCAGGCAUCCAAGAGUAUUAUUCUUCAAAAUUACUUAACGAAAUUCAUGACUACGAGAUCGAUAUCGAAGCAAUAUGCCAAAGAAUGGAUAUAGAUGCAAUAAUUCGUCUGUGUGAGCUGACUAUUGGUGUCGUAAUCCAGUGAGACGCUAAGGAUGAAUAUAUCAAUGCUAUUAUUAGCCUCAGUGAAGACACCCAGGCAGUGUUGAUGAAGAUCAUUCAAAAUACAAUGGCAAAUAGUUCAAAGAACAAUUCCUCCGUAGACCAUAACGAGGAGGGCAGCUCAAUAAACCAAAGUUACAGUGAGGAUAAUUUGAAUCUAUCCCAAUCAUUGACUGUUUCUUUGGAGACGCAGAUGCAAAUUGAUAAAUAUAAGAAGCAGAUUCAGGCCCUGAAACUGAAACUUAGUGAAACUGAGGAAGAAAAUGGGCAUUACAAGACUCAAGUCGAAAAACUCACCUUAGAAAACAGAGAGAUCCAGGAAGAUUUAGAAAUUGAAAAAAAAAAGAAGUCGUACAGUCAAAAUUCAUCUUCUGAUAAACUUAACGAAAUUCUUGAUCAGUUAGCUCAAGUUGAGAAAGAGCUGGCUAAAAAGACAUUCGAAUGUGAGUCAUCUCAGAAGAGACUCAGUCUCCUUGAAUCCAAGUUGAGUGAUGUUCAAUCCUCCCACACCGAUGAAAAGGAUAAACUGAAUGACGAACUAGAUGAAUGUAAGAGCAAACUGAGAAAACUCGAGCAGGUGGAAUCCCUCAACAGCCAUUAUAAGAAGAAACUGGAGGAAUCAGUUGAGAUGAAGAGCCAGAUUAAUGAACUCAAAGAGCACAUUUCAGAUCUUGAGAACCAGAUCGAAGAGUACGAAACCCAGAUGAAGAGAGGAGACUCAUAUAAGGAUCUUUACUCAGGACUUCAAAAAGAACUCCUUGAAGAAAGGGAUUCAACAUGUCAACUUACUUUACAAAACAACGAGCUGAAUGAUAAGGUCAACGACUUGAAGAAAGACAUGGAGAGGUUAGAAAAGGACUCUGCCAAGAAAGAUGACAGAAUCAGGAAGAUGCUUCAAGAGCAACAUACUAGGCAAUCUGAAUAUGAAAGUCCGGCAUCUUAUGAACUUAAAUCCCAGAAAUACGAUUCUGAUCUUGAAACCUUGGCUAAUGAGAUUGGUGGAGACCUUCACAAUGUUAGCAUCGAGAAGAACGAGCUGUAUAUCAGACUCAAACAAGAAAAUGAAGAACUCAAGAUUAAAAUCAGAGAGAAUGAGGAUUCCUUACUGAAACAACUGGAAGACGAUCUGAAGAAGAAGGACAGCUCCAUAAAAACUAGCCACGAGGAGAACUUCCGCUUAAGGAAAAGAGCUGAGAUUCUUAAACAGCAGAACGAUGAACUCAAAGUUGAAGUUGACAAAAUGAAAAAUGAUGCCUAUGGAUAUCUAGAGCUCCAGAACGAAGUCAAGGCUGCCAAGAGUGACAAGAAGUCACUUAAAGAGAAGAUCAAAAACCUUCAAGAGAAGUUGAGAGAACUUGAAAGAGCGAAGGAGGAAUUAGACAGACUCAAAAAAUCAUAUGAAGACCUUGAGCAUGAGAAGAAAGAACUUAAAGCUGAAAUCAAAGACACAAGACAGAUGCUGGAUAAGCAUAAGGACGAAAAUGUAGCUAUCAAGACCAAAAUGCUUGAAGUUGAAAAAGAGUUCAAUGAAAGAUCAAUGAGAAUUCAGUUAGAAAAUGAUUCUAUGAAGCUUGAAUUAGGAGCUUUAAAGGAGAAUUCUCCCACAGAAGCUGUAUCACAUAGUUCAGAGGUCCUAGCAAGUAUAGAGAGUGAGAAGAUCAAAGUUAUUGAAAAGGAAAACAAAAUCUUGCAGCUAAAGCUUGAGAUCAAAUCUCUAGAGGGUCGUAUCAAGGAGAGUGAGGAGAGAUUUUCCAAAAACCUUAAAGACAUGGAAACCAGCUUUGCUGAUGAGAGAAAUAUCCUUCAGGAAGAACUAUAUGCUGCUAAGAGCGAGAGAGAAGAGAAAGAUAAAGAAAUGAAGGAACAGGAGAAGCUCAUGAUUACCUCUAUGGCAUCCUUCUUCUUUGAUACCCUGAAUAAACAAGAACAGAAGAGGCAAGAAGAGAGCAACAGUGGAGGAAGCUUCUUGAAAAAGCUCAGAAAUGCAUCCUACGCCCUCCCAAGUAAGUUUGGGUAGGUUUUAAGUGUUUCAGCCAUGA